CGCGGCCCAGGGAGGUGGCGGGGGUAGCGGCGCGGGCUCCAGCGCGUCGCGGGGCUUCUAUUUCAACACAGUCCUCUCGCUGGCCCGUUCCCUGGCAGUGCAGAGACCCGCAUCCCUGGAGAAGGGACACAUCCAGUAGUGCUCAAAACCUACUCCUGUUGCACUCAUUUGUGGAAUAUAAAGUAACAGAAUGGGAGACUAACACCCAAGGAUAAGAGAGAUAAGGACCAGGAGGAUUGCUCCGUGGCUUGGAAGCUGGCAUCACAUGCUGGGAGAAAAGGCAGCUCAGCUAGAGAAGGGACCACCAAGUUCAAAAGCUGCUUUGUAUGUGCCCGGUAGAUUUUCAUGGGAUCUUCCAAUUAGAUGAAAGACGGAGAGAUGCAGUGAUUGCGCUGGGCAUUUUUCUCAUUGAAUCUGAUCUUCAGCACAAAGACUCUGUGGUUCCUUACCUUCUUCGACUUCUUAAAGGUCUUCCAAAAGUGUAUUGGGUAGAAGAAAGCACAGCUAGAAAAGGCAGAGGUGCCCUCCCAGUUGCAGAAAGCUUUAGCUUCUGCUUGGUAACUUUGCUGUCUGAUGUGGCUUAUAGGGACCCUGGUCUUAGGAAUGAGAUUUUAGAAGCAGUUUUACAGGUUUUGCAUGUCCUUUUGGGAAUGUGUCAGGCCUUGGAGAUUCAAGACAAAGAAUACCUUUGCAAAUACUCGAUCCCAUGCCUGAUAGGAAUCUCACGAGCAUUUGGGCGUUACAGCAACACCGAAGAGUCUCUCCUCUCAAAACUCUUUCCCAAAGUCCCUCCUCAUUCCCUGCGGGUUCCAGAGGAGCUGGAAGGUGUUCGAAGGCGCUCCUUCAAUGACUUCCGCUCCAUCCUGCCCAGCAAUUUGCUGAGUGUGUGCCAGGAGGGCCCCUUGAAGAGGAAGACUAGCAGUGUGUCCAGCAUUGCCCAGGUCAGCCCCGAGCGUGGGAUGCCUCCUCCCAGUUCCCCUGGAGGAUCUGCCUUUCACUACUUUGAAGUUUCUUGCUUGCAUGAUGGGAGUGCCCUUGAUCCUGAUUACUACUUCUCGACCAUCAGUUCCAGCUUCUCUGUCUCUCCUCUUUUCAAUGGCAUUACCUAUAAAGAAUUCGAUAUUCCACUGGAAAUGCUUCGGGAACUCUUAAACUUGGUAAAGAAGAUUGUUGAGGAGCCUGUUCUCAAAUCCUUGGAUGCGGUGGUAGCCAGUGUAGUAGAGGCCAACCCUACUGCUGACCUCUACUAUACCACGUUCAGUGAUCCCCUCUACGUGGCCAUGUUCAAGAUGCUUCGAGACACUCUGUACCACAUGAAGGACCUCCCCAACUCCUUUGUGAAGGAGAUCCAUGAUUUUGUGCUGGAGCAAUUCAACACAAGCCAGGGGGAGCUUCAGAAGAUUCUGCACGAUGCUGACCGAAUCCACAACGAGCUGAGCCCCCUCAAGCUGCGCUGCCAGGCAAAUGCUGCCUGUGUGGACCUCAUGGUGUGGGCAGUAAAGGACGAGCAGGGAGCAGAAAAUCUUUGCAUCAAGCUGUCUGAGAAGCUGCAGUCCAAGACGUCCAGCAAAGUCAUCAUUGCUCACCUGCCCUUGCUUAUCUGCUGCCUUCAGGGCCUGGGCCGCCUGUGCGAGAGGUUCCCGGUGGUGGUGCACUCCGUGACGCCGUCUCUGCGGGACUUCCUGGUUGUCCCAUCCCCUGUGCUCGUGAAGCUCUACAAGUGCCACAGUCAGUUCCACACAGUUGCUGGCAAUGAUAUAAAAAUCAGUGUGACCAAUGAGCAUUCCGAGUCGACCCUGAAUGUCAUGUCAGGCAAGAAGAGCCAGCCCUCCAUGUAUGAGCAGCUCCGGGACAUCGCCAUUGACAACAUUUGCAGGUGUCUGAAAGCUGGCUUGACUGUGGACGCAGUCAUCGUGGAGGCCUUCCUGGCCAGCCUCUCCAACCGCCUCUACAUCUCCCAGGAGAGUGAUAAGGACGCUCACUUGAUUCCUGACCAUACCAUCCGAGCCUUGGGACACAUUGCAGUGGCCCUGAGGGACACCCCAAAGGUCAUGGAACCAAUUCUACAAAUCCUGCAGCAGAAAUUUUGCCAGCCUCCAUCUCCUCUUGAUGUGCUCAUCAUCGACCAGCUGGGCUGCCUGGUUAUCACCGGAAAUCAAUACAUUUAUCAGGAAGUGUGGAAUCUCUUCCAGCAGAUCAGUGUGAAGGCCAGCUCUGUGGUGUAUUCAGCUACUAAAGAUUACAAGGACCAUGGCUAUAGGCACUGCUCCUUGGCAGUCAUCAAUGCCCUGGCUAAUAUCGCAGCGAAUAUCCAGGACGAGCACCUGGUGGACGAGCUGCUCAUGAACCUGCUGGAGCUGUUCGUGCAGUUGGGACUGGAGGGCAAGCGCGCCAGUGAGCGGGCCAGCGAGAAGGGGCCCGCGCUGAAGGCUUCUAGCAGUGCUGGGAACUUGGGUGUACUCAUUCCCGUAAUAGCUGUGCUCACCCGACGGUUGCCGCCCAUCAAGGAAGCUAAGCCUCGACUGCAGAAGCUCUUCCGGGACUUCUGGCUCUAUUCUGUACUGAUGGGCUUCGCUGUGGAGGGGUCAGGACUCUGGCCAGAGGAGUGGUAUGAAGGAGUCUGUGAAAUAGCCACCAAGUCCCCGCUGCUCACCUUUCCCAGCAAAGAGCCGCUGCGGUCUGUCCUCCAGUACAACUCGGCCAUGAAAAAUGAUACAGUCACUCCAGCUGAACUGAGCGAGCUCCGCAGCACCAUCAUCAACCUGCUAGACCCUGCCCCUGAAGUGUCCGCCCUCAUCAACAAGCUGGACUUCGCCAUGUCCACCUACCUCCUGUCUGUUUAUCGGCUGGAGUAUAUGAGAGUUCUGCGUUCGACAGAUCCUGAUCGCUUCCAGGUCAUGUUCUGCUACUUUGAGGAUAAAGCUAUUCAGAAAGACAAGUCUGGGAUGAUGCAGUGUGUGAUUGCCGUCGCAGACAAAGUGUUUGAUGCUUUCCUGAACAUGAUGGCCGAUAAAGCUAAGACCAAGGAGAAUGAAGAGGAGCUAGAGCGGCACGCACAGUUUCUCCUGGUGAACUUCAACCACAUUCACAAAAGGAUACGGAGGGUGGCAGACAAGUAUCUGUCUGGACUGGUGGAUAAGUUCCCCCACCUGCUCUGGAGCGGGACAGUGCUGAAGACCAUGUUGGAUAUUCUUCAGACCCUGUCCCUGUCACUGAGUGCGGACAUCCACAAGGACCAGCCUUACUAUGACAUCCCAGACGCCCCCUACCGUAUCACUGUUCCCGACACCUACGAAGCCCGCGAGAGCAUCGUGAAGGACUUUGCUGCACGCUGUGGAAUGAUCCUGCAGGAGGCAAUGAAGUGGGCACCUACAGUCACCAAGUCCCACCUACAGGAGUAUCUGAACAAACACCAGAACUGGGUGUCGGGACUGUCCCAGCACACAGGACUGGCCAUGGCCACUGAGAGCAUCCUGCACUUUGCCGGCUACAACAAGCAGAACACGACUCUCGGGGCAACUCAACUAACUGAGCGCCCAGCCUGUGUGAAGAAAGAUUACUCCAACUUCAUGGCAUCCCUGAAUCUGCGCAACCGCUAUGCAGGCGAGGUAUAUGGAAUGAUUCGGUUCUCAGAUGCCACUGGUCAGAUGUCUGACCUAAACAAAAUGAUGGUCCAGGAGCUGUGUAGAGCGUUAGACCUCAACAAUGCUCAGAACUACACACAGGCCAUGUUCAAACUGACGGCAAUGCUCAUCAGUAGCAAAGAUUGUGACCCGCAGCUCCUCCAUCACCUGUGCUGGGGCCCCCUCCGAAUGUUCAACGAGCAUGGCAUGGAGACUGCCCUCGCCUGCUGGGAGUGGCUCCUGGCUGGCAAGAACGGAGUGGAAGUGCCGUUCAUGCGGGAAAUGGCCGGGGCCUGGCAGAUGACGGUGGAGCAGAAGUUUGGGUUGUUUUCUGCGGAGAUCAAAGAAGCCGACCCCCUGGCGGCAUCAGAAGCGAGUCAGCCCAGACCCUGUGCCCCUGAAGUGACGCCCCACUACAUUUGGAUUGACUUCCUGGUGCAGCGGUUUGAGAUCGCCAAGUACUGCAGCUCGGACCAGGUGGAGAUCUUCUCCAGCCUGCUGCAGCGCUCCAUGUCGCUCAACAUUGGCGGGGCCAAGGGCAGCAUGAACCGGCACGUGGCAGCCAUCGGGCCGCGUUUCAAACUGCUGACCCUGGGGCUCUCCCUUCUGCACGCCGACGUGGUUCCCAACGCGACCAUCCGCAAUGUGCUUCGGGAGAAGAUCUACUCGACCGCCUUUGACUACUUCAGCUGUCCCCCGAGGUUCCCCACUCAAGGAGAAAAGAGGCUACGUGAAGACAUCAGCAUAAUGAUUAAAUUCUGGACUGCCAUGUUCUCCGAUAAGAAGUACCUGACUGCCAGUCAGCUUGUGCCCCCAGAUAACCAAGACACCCGAAGCAACCUGGACAUAGCAGUCGGCUCCCGCCAGCAGGCCACACAAGGCUGGAUCAACACCUACCCACUGUCCAGUGGCAUGUCAACCAUCUCCAAGAAGUCAGGCAUGUCCAAGAAAACCAACCGAGGCUCCCAGCUGCACAAGUACUACAUGAAACGCAGGACGCUGCUCCUCUCCUUGCUGGCCACCGAGAUAGAGCGUCUCAUCACGUGGUACAACCCACUGUCAGCCCCCGAGCUGGAGCUGGACCAGGCUGGAGAAAACAGCGUGGCCAACUGGAGGUCCAAGUACAUCAGUCUGAGUGAGAAGCAGUGGAAGGACAACGUGAACCUUGCCUGGAGCAUUUCUCCUUAUCUAGCCGUGCAGCUUCCUGCCAGGUUUAAGAACACAGAAGCCAUCGGCAACGAAGUGACGCGUCUGGUUCGGCUGGAUCCAGGGGCUGUCAGCGAUGUUCCAGAAGCGAUUAAGUUCCUAGUCACCUGGCACACCAUUGACGCCGACGCACCGGAGCUCAGCCACGUGCUGUGCUGGGCGCCCGCCGACCCGCCCACAGGCCUCUCCUACUUCUCCAGCAUGUACCCGCCGCAUCCACUCACGGCACAGUAUGGGGUGAAAGUGCUGCGCUCCUUCCCGCCGGACGCCAUCCUGUUCUACAUCCCCCAGAUUGUGCAGGCCCUCAGGUAUGACAAGAUGGGCUACGUGCGGGAGUACAUUCUGUGGGCCGCAUCCAAAUCCCAGCUUCUGGCGCACCAGUUCAUCUGGAACAUGAAAACAAACAUCUAUCUGGAUGAGGAGGGGCACCAGAAGGACCCUGACAUUGGCGACCUCCUGGAGCAACUGGUGGAGGAGAUCACAGGCUCCUUGUCAGGCCCGGCCAAGGACUUCUACCAGCGGGAGUUCGAUUUCUUUAACAAGAUCACCAACGUGUCAGCCAUCAUCAAGCCCUUCCCCAAAGGCGAUGAGAGGAAGAAGGCGUGCCUGUCCGCGCUGUCAGAAGUGAAGGUGCAGCCUGGCUGCUACCUGCCCAGCAACCCUGAAGCCAUCGUGCUUGACAUCGACUACAAGUCCGGGACACCCAUGCAGAGUGCCGCCAAAGCUCCGUAUCUGGCAAAGUUUAAAGUGAAGCGAUGUGGAGUCAGUGAGCUUGAGAAAGAAGGCCUGCGGUGCCACUCCGACGCAGAGGACGAGUGCAGGGCCCAGGAGGCCGAUGGCCAGAAGAUCUCCUGGCAGGCGGCCAUCUUCAAAGUGGGAGAUGACUGCCGGCAGGACAUGCUGGCCCUGCAGAUCAUCGACCUCUUCAAAAACAUCUUCCAGCUGGUCGGCCUGGACCUCUUUGUCUUCCCCUACCGGGUGGUGGCCACUGCCCCUGGGUGUGGGGUGAUAGAGUGCAUCCCCGACUGCACCUCCCGGGACCAGCUCGGCCGCCAGACGGACUUCGGCAUGUAUGACUACUUCACGCGCCAGUACGGGGAUGAGUCCACCUUGGCAUUCCAGCAGGCGCGCUACAACUUCAUCCGGAGCAUGGCAGCCUACAGCCUCCUGCUGUUCCUGCUGCAGAUCAAGGACCGGCACAACGGCAACAUCAUGCUGGACAAGAAGGGCCACAUCAUCCACAUUGACUUCGGCUUCAUGUUCGAAAGCUCUCCGGGCGGCAACCUUGGCUGGGAACCGGACAUCAAGCUGACAGAUGAGAUGGUGAUGAUCAUGGGGGGCAAGAUGGAGGCCACACCCUUCAAGUGGUUCAUGGAGAUGUGUGUCCGUGGCUACCUGGCCGUGCGGCCCUACAUGGACGCGGUCGUCUCUCUGGUCACCCUCAUGCUGGACACAGGCCUGCCCUGCUUCCGCGGUCAGACAAUCAAGCUCUUGAAACACAGGUUCAGCCCGAACAUGACUGAGCGGGAGGCUGCCAACUUCAUCAUGAAGGUCAUUCAGAACUGCUUCCUCAGCAACAGGAGCCGGACCUACGACAUGAUCCAGUACUAUCAGAACGACAUCCCCUACUGAGCCCGUGGCUGCAAUCAGGGCCGGAGCCGGCCCUCACCAGCUGCGCCGCCCGAGCGGGGACUGCGGGCAGCCCUGUCCUUCAUCCACAGGAGAGAGCGACGCCCCCCGGAGCCCUGCGGCAGCUCCUUCCUCAGGGGUGGCCCACGUGUGGCGUGGGAGACUGACGGGACAAUCACACAGUGACACUGUCUGCACGGGUGUGAAUACUGUUUGCACUGGACACAUUCCCUACCUGUCUUAUGCAUAGGUACAUAAAGUAUUUUCUUGUGUAUAAAAAAAUAAUUAUAUUCAACUUAAGAUUGUAACCAUCGUGAACAAAUAAAAGCCAAAAUAAUGCACCAUGUUGGAACUGGA